CAUUAUUUGAUUGUUUUUCACCAUCAAUCUUCAUAAAUCUCCGAGCAUUUCUCAACAUUCUCCGCCAUAAUCUUUCCCCAAUCCACAAGCUCAAAAGACUGAGAAAAAAAUGGCCGAUAGCUACUCCAAAAUCAAAGCCGCCUGCAAAUUCAAAUCAAGAUCCAUCGAUUACUCCGAUCUCACUUCGCUUCCUCACUCUCCUAGAUUCAACGCUGCCGCCGCCGUCUCCAAUCCGAACUCUCACGAUUCCAAUAAGAACAAGACGAAUCGGCAACACAGCCGUUUGCCGGAAGAGGAGGAGGAGGAGGAGGAAGAAGAAGACGAAUACGGCGGAGAAGUCUCCGCCAGAGCCGCCGCGCUGAGUCGGAACAACUCUGUUUCUUCAUCAGUCUCUGGAUUCCAUUCAGCGGUGAAGAGAGCUCUGUCGAUGCGGAGAUCUUCGUCCGUAGCGGAACGGUACUGUAGGAUUCACGAUCAGUUCGCGACGCUUGCAUCGCCGAUCGAUGAUGAUGAAAUGGAAGAUGGAGAUUCGAAGGAGGAAAGAAAAACAGGAGGAUCUGUGAAGAAGACGAAGAAGAAGAAGAAGAAGAACUCGGCAGAGAAGAUCGUUAGAGCCUGUAAGCGACUUUUUGGAAUCUAGUUUUGAAUUGAUGAUACUUUUUUUUUUCGAACGAAUCCGUAAAGUAUCUUUUGAUCUUUUCCUGCAUCAAAAUGUUCUCUCUGUCUCUCUAAUUCUCUUCUCUGAUUUCUGGUUCUGUUCUUUUUUGCACUGAAAAAUGAGAAUCUGUGUUCAAUCGUUGGCUCUGAUCCUUCGAUUUGAGGAGUAAUGGCGUUAGAAAUGAAUCUCAGUUCGAAGUUUGAUUAUUA